AUGGGAGACGUUGCCGUGGAGAACCCGGCGAGCGUCACGCCUUUCCCCAAGCCGGGUGCACUGGACAACCUUGCCAACUUGGAAUCCUUGGAAGGCACAGGAACGGACGGGAACGAUGAAUAUGCUACCCUGAAGAAGUUGCAGAGACACCUCGAGUACAUCCAACUGCAGGAGGAAUACAUCAAGGAUGAGCAAAGGAGCUUGAAGAGGGAGUUGGUGCGAGCACAGGAGGAGAUCAAGCGGAUACAGAGUGUUCCUCUGGUCAUCGGGCAGUUUAUGGAGGCGAUCGAUCAGAAGUAUGCAUGGCGUCUGAGUUCGACCGGCUCUAAUUACGUCGUCCGGGUCCUGUCCACGCUGGACCGCGAAAAGUUGAAGCCUUCAUCCUCCGUCGCCCUUCACCGUCACUCCAAUGCGCUGGUCGACAUCCUCCCCCCGGAAGCGGACUCUUCGAUCGCCAUGCUGGGUGAAAAUGAGAAGCCAGACGUGUCAUACGCCGACGUGGGUGGAUUGGACAUGCAGAAGCAGGAGAUUCGAGAAGCGGUCGAACUGCCAUUGACGCAUUUCGACCUCUACCGACAAAUUGGUGGGUAUCGACCCUCCCCGUGGUGUCCUGCUGUAUGGCCCCCCGGUACAGGCAAGACCAUGCUAGUCAAGGCCGUCGCCAACAGCACGACGGCCAGCUUCAUUCGGGUCAACGGCUCAGAGUUUGUUCAGAAGUAUCUUGGAGAAGGACCGCGCAUGGUCCGGGACGUGUUCCGAAUGGCGCGUGAGAACUCACCGGCCAUCAUCUUCAUCGAUGAGAUCGAUGCCAUCGCCACAAAGCGUUUCGAUGCCCAGACCGGUGCGGAUCGCGAAGUGCAGCGUAUUCUGCUCGAAUUGCUCAACCAGAUGGAUGGUUUCGAGCAAACCAGCAACGUCAAGGUCAUCAUGGCCACCAACCGAGCGGACACCCUGGACCCGGCCUUGUUGCGUCCGGGUCGUCUGGACCGAAAGAUCGAGUUCCCGAAUCUGCGUGACCGACGCGAGCGCCGACUGAUCUUCACCACCAUCGCAUCUAAGAUGUCGCUGUCGCCCGAGGUGGACCUGGACUCCCUGAUCGUGCGUAACGAGCCUCUGUCCGGUGCGGUGAUUGCCGCGAUCAUGCAGGAGGCCGGUCUGCGGGCUGUCCGCAAAAACCGCUACAACAUCAUUCAGUCGGAUCUGGAGGACGCGUACGCGGCACAGGUGAAGAGCGGACAGGAAGACGAUCGGCUCGACUUCUACCGGUAA